UGGAUGGAGCCGGCGACGGGGCUGCUGCGGCGGCCGGCCCGCUUCGGGCUGCUGCUGGCCGCCUACGGGCUCUUCCUGCUGCUGGGCGCCGCCGUCUUCGCCGCCCUGGAGGCGCCCGCCGAGCGCGCCUUGCUGGCCGCCCUGCGCGCCGCCCGCGCCUCGCUGCUGGCCGAGCACCUGCCCUGCCUGGCCGAGCAGCAGCUGGCCGGGCUGCUCCGGGGCGUCCUGGCCGCCCGCGGCUACGGCGCCUUCGCCCUGGGCAACGGCUCGGCCGACCCCGCCUGGGAGUUCACCUCGGCGCUCUUCUUCGCCGCCAGCGCCCUCACCACCACCGGUUAUGGAAACAUGGUUCCUCUCUCGGACUGGGGCAAAAUUAUCAGCAUCCUUUACUGCUUCGUGGGCAUCCCAGUGACCAUAUUGUUCAUCAGAUGUUUACUCCGCUGCCUGUUGCCUGUCCUAACCUACCGGCCGGUGCGAUACAUUCACAGCCGCUGGGGCUUCCCAUGGGCACAUGUGGCCUUAGGCCACUCAAUGGUCCUGGGGCUGGUCACCCUGACCCUCUUCAUCCUGAUCCCAGCCAUCUGCUUCUGCAUCUUAAAGGACAACUGGACCUUUCUGGAAUCCAUCUAUUUCUGCUUCAUCUCACUCAGCACCAUUGGUUUGGGGGACUUUGUACCCCGCGUCAUGUCUCCCCCAUCGCUUCACGGGUUUUACGAGCUGAGCAUCACGUGUUACCUACUUACCGGUUUGCUAGCCAUGCUUGUGACCCUCGAAACAGUUUACCAGCUGCAAGAAGUCCGUGCUCUUAUCCGUUUCUUUGCUCCGUCCCGCAGCUCCACACCGGAGGAGGAGGAUCGUGUGGGAAUCGUGAGCAGGGAUCAACUUGCAUUGACCUCCGAUCUCGGACGCUGCACCCCAAGGAAUUUAACUGAAAGAGGUGACCCUUAAGAGUGUCCCUCUCACCGCAUAUUAACUGCACCCCCAUAUCUCUCCAAUACAGGCGGUCCUCGUCUUACGACCAUAAUUGAGCCCAAGUUUUCUGUUGCUAAGUGAAACAUUUGUUAAGGGAGUUUUACCCCAUUUUACGACCUUCUUGUCAAACUUGUGAAUUGAAUCCUUUCAGUUAUUAAGUUAGUGACACGGCUGUUCAGAACAAUCUGGCUUCCUCCAUUGACUUUGCUUGUCAGAAGGCCACAAAAGGGGAUCGCGUGACCCCUGGGGACACUGCGACCGUCGUAAAUACGAAUCGGUUGCCAAACGUCUGAAUUUUGAUCAUGUGUCCACGGUCGUAAGUGUGAAUGACAGUCGUUCGUCACUUUGGUUAAGUUGCCUUGUAACUUCAAACGGUCACCAAAUGAACCAAAUGGACUGUAUUUUUUUUCAGUGCCGUCCUAACUUUGAAUGGUCGCUAAACAAAUGGUUGUAAGUUGAGGACUACCUGUACAAUUAGGGCUGUACCCCUCCUGGGAAUGAAACCCACCCCUUCCUCUGCUCCUUUGCAUCACUCGCCAGCUGGGUCCCGUUUUGAAAACAUUUAUUCUAAAGUCCAGUACAAAUUUAGUGCGAAUACUCAGAAGCCCAAGUUUCGUGAAGAGGCGAGCAUAAAGCUCUGGCCGUCGUCCAGUUUGGCACUAGAAGCAUUCAAGGCACUCGGCGGCUUUGGUACCAUCAAGCGUGGAUUGUUUAAAAAAAAAAAAUCAAAAAUUCCCAAGUAAAAGGCACCGCUCGGCAAAAGCUUCGUCCUCAAAACGGGAGGAACGACCCGUUUUUUUGAACCCAGAACUGCCUGGCACGCACGCAGGAAGGCAGGCAGGCACACAAGCACACGGGGACACACGCAACCCAAUAAAUAAUUCCUAAAAACAGAUCGUUGCAAAUCUCUCCCCCCCCCCGGAUAAAGAGAGAGAGAAAUUCCCCUGGGAUGGUUUUUGGGGGAGAGAGUUU